AUGAUCGCGGAUGCUGCUUCCUCAUCGAGAAUCUGCAUUACACUUUUUGGCGUACUUCAACGCAUUUAUGUCCUAUUCUCAGCUUCAACGCAAAGAUGGGAUAUUCUAAAAAGUCAUGUCCAAAAUCUCACUGUUAAACCGUUGUGCACUACUCGUUGGGAAAGCAGAUUGGAUACCGUCAAAGCCAUCAAGUGUCAAACGAAGGAAGUUUAUAACGCGUUAAUGGAAAUAUAUAAUUCUGAUUCGAGAGAUCCCGCUGUACAACAUGAAGCUAAAUGUUUAGCUAACGAAAUGAUGCGCUUUGAAUUUCUUAUGUCCUUAGUCAUUUGGUAUGAUAUUUUGUUUCAAGCUAAUAUCGUCAGCAAGAGUUUGCAAAGUCAAAGCAUGGACAUCGCUGCUGCCACACAGUGGAUAAAAAAAUUCACCGAAUUUCUUUCUGUCUAUAGAAAUGUAGGUUUUGAAUCUUCUUUAAAAUCUGCUAAAGAACUUGCUGAAAAUCUUGGUGCUGAUCCAUUCUUUGUUACUUCAACUCGCAAAAGGAAAAAGAAAAGAAUGUUCGAUUACGAAAGUCAAGAUGAGUCUGCAAACACUACACCAGAAGAACAAUUCCGAAGAGAUUUUUUUUUGUUUUGGUCGACACAGCUUUAA